AUGUCGAAUAUUAUGUUUCCAACGAGUGUAUUGGGGUUAAAGAAAAGAAAGAAUAGAAUAAUCCAUGAUUAUGAUAUUCAAGAAUUUUCAAAUAUUGAUUAUAAAAUAAAAGUUCAAACUAUAGAUGAAAGAAGAAUCGUAAUAUUAUCAUUUUAUGAUAAGGAUGAUAAUGUUAUGUCAGUUCUACCAUCUACGAUAUUUUGUAGAAAUAUCACAGAAAAAAGAGACAAAAUUCCUUUUCAUGAAAGUUUAUUUUUGUUGAUGUAUCCAAACAAAUAUAUUUUUUAUUUGAAAGAUUCUCAAGAAAGGAAAGAUAAAAUUUAUAGUAUAAAUUGUAAAAAUAGAAAAAGUUUUCAAAUUUAUAAUUAUAAAGCAAGAAUUUAG